GCCGUCAAGGUCCUGAACCACAAGGCGACCAAGCCUGAGAUGGUCAAAAUCGUGCGCGAGUGCGCCUGCCUCGAGCGGCUCGACCACCCCAGCGUCAUCUCAGUGCUCGCCCACGGGCGCGUCGGCACGGCUCUGUACUGCAUCGUGAUGGAGCGGUGCGCCGGCGGCGAGCUCUUUGACCUCGUCAGCUCCUUGCCGCUGCCGCCCGAGCACACCGCUCGCCGCAUCUUUUGCGAGCUCCUCGACGCCGUCGGCCACUGUCACUCGCGCGGCAUCGCCCACCGCGACAUCAAGCUCGAGAACGUGCUCCUCACCGAGAGCGGCGCCGUGAAGCUCAUCGACUUUGGCCUCGCACACCAGUACGAUCCGGCGCACGCAGGAGGCUGGGACCGGUCGACUCUGCUCACCGAGGUUGUCGGCUCGCAAAACUACGCCGCGCCCGAGGUGUCGGCCGGCUGCGGAUACGAUGGCUUCCGGGCGGACAUGUGGAGCAGUGGCGUCGUCCUCUACACGCUCCUCGCAGGCACCUUCCCGUACCACGAGUGCAUAGCUCCUGUCGAGGUGGACGUGGAGGGCCUGCCGGCAGAGGCGGUCGGCCUAGUAAAGGCGCUGCUCGAAGCGGAUCCGGCGCGUCGCCCGACGGCCGGCGUUGCGAGGCGCCACGGCUGG